GUUUUCUUUCGAUCUCUCGGAAAACCAGGUUCAACCACUCUCGUCGCCUUUCCUUAUCUGUUUUAUUUGCACCACGCCGGCAAGUUCAAGCUUCACGGGUUCUCUCUCUCGGCUCUCAUCACCCCUCUAUAUCUAUCGAUAUACACCAACCUUGGCAAGUUUAAGGUGUUUUCGACCAAAUUAAGAAACUGCCUUCGCAAGUUCUGACAAGUACUCGAACUUCGUGUGUGAAAAGGUCGAGAUUUACUUAGAUUCAGCGAUGUGUUCCUCCACUUUGGUCCGGCCAAGCAAAAGAACCCUUUCAAGAACUGGUCCUAACUCGUCUUCUGAGCCUCUCAAUGAAUUCGACGGCCCAAUCAUACCUGGUUUGCCUGAUGAUGUGGCGAAAAGUUGUCUCGCAUUCGUUCCUCGUCGCGAGCUCCCAUCGGUGGGCUUGGUCUGCAAGAAGUGGAGGUCAUUUCUUGGAAGCAAGGAAUUCCUGCUGGAGCGAAAAUUAGGAGGUACUCUUGAAGAAUGGGUUUUUGUCCUAUCCACGGAUGCCAGGACAAAGGAAAGCCACUGGGAGGCCAUCGAUAGCUUAGGAAACAAGCAACGGCGCCUUCCCCCGAUGCCUGGUCUGUCGAAGGCCUGUUUUGGGGUGGCAGUUGUCAAUGGAAAGCUUUUGAUUGCCGGUGGCUAUUCAGUGGCGGGUGGAUCCCGCGUCGUCUCUGCAGAAGUUUACCAAUAUGACUCUUGUUUGAACAGUUGGAGCAAAUUAAGGAAUAUGAACGAGGCUCGUCGGAACUUCGCCUGCGCCGAAGUUAAUGGAAUGGUCUACGCCGUUGGUGGGUACGGAGCCGGAGGCGACAUCAUCAGUAGCGCCGAGGCAUACGAUCCCAACACGGGCAAGUGGACUCCGAUAGAGAGCCUCAGGCUCCCGAGGUGGGGAUGCUUCGCCUGCGGCUUCGAGGGCAAGCUCUACGUGAUGGGAGGGCGGUCGAGCUUCACCAUCGGAAGCGCGAGGUCGGUCUGCGUCUACGACCCUGAGAAGCGCGCGUGGUGCGAGCUCAAGAACGGGUGUGUCAUGGUGACCGCGCACGCCGUGCUCGGGACGAGGCUCUUCUGCAUGGAGUGGAGAAGCCAGAAGAAGUUGUCUGUUUUCGACCAGGGAAAGAACUCGUGGAGCACGGUAACGCUCCCGCCUUGUCAGAGCUCGGAAGCCUCGUUCCGGCUUGGGACCUCGGACGGGAAGCUCUUGUUGUUCUCGGUUAAGGAACUCGCCGGUUAUCGUACUUUGUCCUAUGACCCGAAUGCGCCACCUGGUUCGGAAUGGCAAGUUUCGGAGAUCAAUCCGUCCGGUCCUUGCUUGUACAGUGUAACGAUCGAGGCAUAAGAGAGGCAUGCCCAUAUCUGCAUCCUCUCCUGUAAAUAGCAGUCACUGUUUGAUUGGAUGGGCUCAUAUACAAAUGCACCGAUGAUUUCUUAAAAAUUAUUUUACGAGGAAAUGUUGUAUAGAUGUAAAUUAUAAAUGAUAUAUAAAAGUUAUAGGAAAUACCAUGCU